AUAAGGCCAUGCAAGCAGGGGAUGUGAGCUGUAGGGGCAGUGUCUUCUCCAGAUAUUUGCUUGCUUGUUUGCAAAGAUGGUGGUGUUGGUCAUGCUGCCACUGCUUUGCUUUCUGUUCAUUUGUGGUGCCUUGUUGAGGUGGAAUGAGGUGAGGUACAGGAAGAAGGGUCUUCCUCCAGGGACCAUGGGGUGGCCUUUGUUUGGGGAGACCACUGAGUUCCUCAAGCAAGGCCCAAGCUUCAUGAAGAACCAAAGGGUUAGGUACGGGAGUGUGUUCAAGUCACACAUUUUGGGGUGCCCUACGAUGGUGUGCAUGGAUGCAGAGCUCAACAGGUUCAUACUGAUGAACGAAGGGAAAGGCUUUGUUCCUGGGUACCCACAGUCCAUGCUUGAUAUCUUAGGGAGAUCCAACAUUGCGUCCGUUCACGGCGAGCUGCACAAGACGAUGAGGAGUGCCAUGCUUGGCCUUGUGAGCCCCCCAAUGAUCAGGGACCAGCUCUUGCCCAAGAUCGAUGAGUUCAUGAGAUCAUACAUUCAUAAUUGGGGUGGAAGAGCCAUUGACAUCCAAGAGAAAACCAAGGAGAUGGCAUUGCUGUCUUCAUUAAAGCAAAUUGCUAGCAUUGAGACAGGGCCUGUUUCUGAAGCCCUGAAAUCAGAGAUCUUCAAGCUUGUUCUUGGUACUCUUUCGUUGCCCAUCAAUAUUCCUGGCACAAAUUAUCAUCAGGGAUUCAAGGCAAGGAAAAGACUUGUGGGUAUGUUGAGGUGCCUUAUAGAGGAAAGAAGAACCUCCUCAUGCUCCUACAAUGACAUGCUCGAUUCCCUCCUGAGAAUGGAUGGCAGUUCCAAAGUUAAACUCGACGACGAUCAGAUUAUUGACUUGAUCAUAGCCCUCGUCUAUUCGGGCUAUGAAACUGUUUCGACCACUUCGAUGAUGGCUGUGAAAUACCUCCAUGACCAUCCUAGAGUUCUCGAAGAGCUCCGAAAUGAACAUUUCAAGAUCCGAAAAGGAAAAUCGCGGGAGGAUGCAAUUGAUUGGAACGACUACAAGUCGAUGAAAUUUACGCGUGCGGUCAUACUGGAGACACUAAGAAUGGCCACAGUCGUAAAUGGGGUGCUCAGGAAAACAACUCGAGAUGUGUCGUUGAAAGGAUUCACAAUACCAAAAGGUUGGAGAAUUUAUGUGUGCACUAGAGAGAUUAACUAUGAUCCAGAUGUGUAUCAAGAGCCUUUAGCAUUCAACCCAUGGAGAUGGUUGGAUAAAAACUUAGAAUCCAACCAUCACUUCAUGCUAUUUGGAGGAGGAGGACGGAUGUGCCCUGGGAAAGAACUGGGCACUGCUGAAAUUGCCACAUUCCUUCACUACUUUGUAACUAGAUACAGAUGGGAAGAGGUUGGAGGAGAUGAAAUAGUAAAAUUUCCCAGAGUUGAAGCUCCAAACGGCCUGCGCAUCCACGUAUGGGAUGACUAGCUAGGAAGGAGUUGAGUUGUACAGUUGAAUAGGUAGACUAGUUUUCCAGCCAAAAGAUGAGCCAUGUUUUGUUGUGGAGUUAGAGCUUAGCAUUACCUUUGACAUCUUGAUAGGAAGAAUUUAUCUGUUUAUAGAAGACGUGUAUCUGCUAUUAGAUGAAUGAAUAGAAAUAUUUAAAUAUCGAAUCGAACAAA